UCAAAAGUGACAGUGCGUCCCCCUCCUCGAACACCCCCGCGCGUACGCAGCCAGCACAAGAUCGUGCUUAAAGGAAAAUCUCGAGUAUUUCUGAUGAACGUGAAAGUGUCCUACUAUCCCGUGGAAAAACGCUGAAUUUCGUCUAAAAAACGCCCUCAAAAUGUCUAACAACGCAGCACAUCGGCAUCGUUACAAAAACGUUGGCCUAGACUCGACAGAGUUGCGCCGCCGCCGCGAGGAGGAAGGAAUCCAGCUACGUAAGCAGAAACGUGAACAGCAACUGAGCAAGCGCCGCAAUGUGAACGUGGCCGAGGAAGGAGAUCAGGAAGCUAUCCUUACGGACGAAGUGCAAACGACAGACCCGCAGAUACCGCUGAUCAAGCAGGAAACCAUCCAGGCGCUGUACAGUCCGAACGUGGAGGAUCAACUGAAUGCUACCCAGAAAUUCCGGAAGCUGCUUUCGAAAGAGCCAAAUCCACCCAUUGAUCAGGUCAUCCAGCAUAAUAUCGUCCCGCGGUUUGUUGAAUUUCUGGCCAACUCAUCCAAUGCGACACUGCAGUUUGAAGCGGCUUGGGCUUUGACCAACAUCGCAUCCGGAACUUCAGAGCAAACCAGCGUAGUGAUAGCUGCCGGGGCAGUUCCCAUUUUCAUUGGACUGCUGGAAAGCGAGCAUAUCGAUGUACAGGAACAGGCCGUCUGGGCUUUGGGCAAUAUCGCUGGGGAUUCUCCAGAGUGCAGAAACUUCGUUUUGGACGCUGGAGUUAUGGAACCAUUGUUACACGUUUUGAACUCAUCUUCCCGCAUUAACCUUACCCGCAAUGCUGUUUGGGCUCUAUCGAAUUUGUGCCGCGGCAAAAACCCUCCUCCGGACUUUUCCAAGGUGGAGAAAGGACUGCCCAGUCUUGCCCGGUUAAUGUUCCACAACGACGUGGAAGUAUUGGGCGAUGCCGUGUGGGCUGUGAGUUAUUUGUCGGACGGACCGAAUGACAAUAUCCAGGCUGUCAUCGAAGCUGGCUGCUGUCGGAGGCUCGUGGAGUUGCUUAUGCACGGGAAUAAUAACGUAGUGUCGGCAGCUCUCCGUGCUGUGGGUAACAUUGUGACCGGUAACGACAGUCAAACGCAGCUGAUUCUAAACUGCAACGCCUUACCGUGUAUACUGACGCUGCUGAGUUCGGCCAAGGACUCGAUCCGGAAAGAGGCUUGCUGGACAAUUUCCAACAUUGCCGCUGGCAAUCGGCAUCAGAUCCAGGCCGUUAUCGAUGCCAACAUCUUCCCCAGCAUCAUCAAUCUGCUGUCGAAGGCGGACUUCAAAACCAGGAAGGAAGCGGCCUGGGCGAUUACCAAUGCGACUAGUGGUGGCACCGUUGACCAGAUCAAAUAUUUGGUUCAUGCAGGUUGUAUUGCACCGAUGUGCGAACUGCUGACUGUGAUGGACCCAAAGAUAGUGACAGUGGCUCUGAACGGGCUCGAAAACAUCCUCAAAGCCGGCAACCAACACAAGGUCAAACCGAACCCGUACGCCGUUCUUAUCGAGGAAUGUUACGGUCUGGAUAAGAUCGAGUUCCUGCAGUCGCAUCAGAAUAAUGAAAUUUACGAAAAGACCUUCAACAUCAUCCGGACGUACUUCAGCAACGAUGAGGAAGACGUGGCUGUGGCGCCUUCGACUGAAAAUAACCAGUUUCAGUUUAAUGCAGAUCAGUCAGUGCCAAUGGAUGGGUUCCAGUUUUAAACCAGCCACCAUCGAUCGUUUCACCUUACAAGAAAUUAGGACUCGUCGAGACAGGAAUACAAAACUCUCCUCCACGAAGGAACGGACCAUUCAAUAAAGACAAAUAACUGGUUGGUAAAUGAAAAAAAAAACCACACAUUGUAACGUUAAAACAUGAACUCAACAACAAACGAGGAGAGAUUCACGAGACGGACCGACUCAGAUAGGUAAUCUUUUUAACGUAACCCGAAAAAAACUUUGUGCAACAACGGACGAUAAAGUGAAACCUUGUCACAUAUUCUCAUAUAAUCGAGUUUACCUUUCCGCUAAUCAAGGAAAACCAACAAUCGGACAAGGUGUUAUUAGAGAGAAACACGCAGUGUUUUUGGACUGACUAUUUUUAUAGACAAAGAUACUGAUGAAUGCAAACCAAAUUCAGACCAUUUAUACAUAUUUACCGAGCGCCCUCGCCCUUUGAUGAGAAAAUAAGUUGUAGGACUCAUUGUUUUGUGUAAUUAUUCACAUUGGAAAAGUGAAGUACUAGAACAGCUGAUUAUACAAAUUACAAGUGUAUAGCAUCUGAAGAAAGGAAACGGAGAAAAAUGUGUUUGACUCGAUGUAGCCCAGCUAUUAGUGAAGCAGCAUGAGCUGAUUAAACAAAACGAGAGCUCAAGCCUCCCAAUUUCAUCAACCUACAUGUAGGGUAUAUUCACAUGGACAGCGGAAGCAAAAGCAAA